UGUGGACACCCCCGCACAUGCUACCUCACUCACAGCGCACCUUUAUGACUCAUCCGUUACAGACGCCAGUGGAAAAGAAAAAGUCAUUACUCAUUACUUGUCUCCUUGGUUCCAGCUUUCCAGUGUCGAAGAAGUGGUUUUCCUUUGUCCUGAUGGAUUAAAUGUAUAUGCAUAUAUAUAUACAUAUACAGGUAAGACAGGUAUGUAUGUCAACGACUCCCUUGGAAAGCAUCUACUGUUCCUCAGAAUUAUUUUGCGAAAGAAUAAAAAUGCAACGGAUUGUUUUCUGUCUCCUUGCAAUAAUGUGCUCUUCUUUAGCACAGGCUGCAAUGUCACUGAAGGACCUCAAGAUGCUAGAAUUGUAUAAGAACGUAGAUAUAUUAAACAAAAGAUUGCAGCACAAUGGAUCUCUAUAUUUGAAUAACCCUGGGACUGAAAUCAAGCCAUGUUGCAUGGUGUCAGCUCUUGACUGCUACAGAAGCCAGCUGCACCUUCUGAAAGUCAGCAACACAAAGACGAACAUUCGUCACAAAGUGUGGAAAAGCCUGAAGAGUCCUCUUAUUUCUGAGAAACUGGAGGGAAGCAGUGAAGACUGUCAGGAGAACCCACAAUGCCAGUCUUGUGAUUUAUACCCUAAAACAGACGACAAGGAGUUCAUGUCCAAGUUAACUUCACUGCUUGAAAUGGCCAACAGCAAUUAGGAUGAAGUGGGAGCUUGCUUUUAAAUAUGAAGACACUACUCCACGAAUACUUCAGAGCUACUAUGCAUUAUGUUAUUAGAUUAUGGUAUUUAAUUUAUUUAUUAACAAAUAUACUUAAUUUCUUAAUACUUAGCUCUCAACAUAAACUUGUAAUAUGUUUUGUGUUGACCUGUGUGUGAUGUUCAUUUCCCUUGGAAAAAGCUGCUCCCAUUUCAACUUUCUCAGUUCACUAGUGCACGUUGUUGUGAAAAUGUGUGUUUUAUAGCAAAUUCACAGAAUUGAAUACUACUCAUUAUGUACAUCAUAACCAUUGAAAUGUUCUCAAACAAACUGACAUUGAAGUCAACUGGAAACUUGCACUGGGUCAACUUGCAAUGGGAACUGUUACUGCAGUAAGCUUAUGGUAUUUAAUUUAUUUAUUGACAAA